GGCUCUCGUCCUUCCGGCGCCGUGACGGAAGCGGAAGUUCCCGCGCGCCGUCCACUUCCGGGCGGGCCUCCUGAGGCGGCGGCGGCGGCGGCGUAGAGGUGCACACAGAAUACCUCUAGCAUGAACAGCGUGAGGGUUCCACCUGCCUUUUGACCAUGAAGGAGACAGACAGGGAGGCUGUUGCGACAGCAGUGCAGAGGGUUGCUGGGAUGCUGCAGCGCCCGGACCAGCUGGACAAGGUGGAGCAGUACCGCAGGAGAGAAGCACGGAAGAAGGCCUCCGUGGAGGCCAGGCUGAAGGCCGCCAUCCAGUCGCAGUUGGACGGGGUGCGCACGGGCCUCAGCCAGCUCCACAAUGCCCUGAAUGACGUCAAAGACAUCCAGCAGUCACUGGCAGACGUCAGCAAGGACUGGAGGCAGAGCAUCAACACCAUCGAGAGCCUCAAGGACGUCAAGGACGCCGUGGUGCAGCACAGCCAGCUCGCUGCGGCCGUGGAGAACCUCAAGAACAUCUUCUCAGUGCCUGAGAUUGUGAGGGAGACCCAGGACCUAAUUGAACAAGGGGCUCUCCUGCAAGCCCACCGGAAGCUGAUGGACCUGGAAUGUUCCCGGGAUGGGCUGAUGUACGAGCAGUACCGCAUGGACAGUGGGAACACACGUGACAUGACCCUCAUCCACGGCUACUUCGGCAGUACGCAGGGGCUGUCUGAUGAGCUGGCUAAGCAGCUGUGGAUGGUGCUGCAGAGGUCACUGGUCACUGUCCGCCGUGACCCCACCUUGCUGGUCUCGGUUGUCAGGAUCAUUGAAAGGGAAGAAAAAAUCGACAGGCGUAUACUUGACCGGAAAAAGCAAACUGGCUUUGUUCCUCCUGGGAGGCCCAAGAAUUGGAAGGAGAAAAUGUUCGCCAUCUUGGAGAGAACUGUGACCACCAGAAUUGAGGGCACACAGGCAGACACCAGGGAGUCUGACAAGAUGUGGCUCGUCCGCCACCUGGAGAUUAUAAGGAAGUACGUCCUGGAUGACCUCAUUGUCGCCAAAAACCUGAUGGUUCAGUGCUUUCCUCCUCACUAUGAGAUCUUCAAAAACCUCCUGAGCAUGUACCACCAAGCCCUGAGCACACGGAUGCAGGAGCUGGCGUCGGAAGACCUGGAAGCCAAUGAGAUUGUGAGCCUCUUGACGUGGGUCCUAAACACCUACACAAGCACGGAGAUGAUGAGGAAUGUGGAGCUGGCCCCGGAAGUGGAUGUCGGCACCCUGGAGCCUUUGCUUUCUUCACACGUGGUCUCUGAGCUGCUUGACACCUACAUGUCCACGCUCACUUCAAACAUCAUCGCCUGGCUGCGGAAAGCGCUGGAGACAGACAAGAAAGACUGGGUGAAAGAGACGGAGCCAGAAGCUGACCAGGACGGGUACUACCAGACCACACUCCCUGCCAUUGUCUUCCAGAUGUUUGAACAGAAUCUUCAAGUUGCUGCUCAGAUAAGUGAAGAUUUGAAAACAAAGGUACUAGUUUUGUGUCUUCAGCAAAUGAAUUCCUUCCUAAGCAGAUAUAAAGAUGAAGCGCAGCUGUAUAAAGAAGAGCACCUGAGGAAUCGGCAGCACCCGCAGUGCUACGUCCAGUACAUGAUCGCCAUCAUCAACAACUGCCAGACUUUCAAAGAAUCCAUAGUCAGUUUAAAAAGAAAGUAUUUAAAGAAUGAUGUGGAAGAGGGUGUGUCUCUGAGCCAACCAAACAUGGACGGGAUUUUAGACACCAUCGCAAAGGAGGGCUGCAGUGGCUUGCUGGAGGAGGUCUUCCUGGACCUGGAGCAACAUCUGAAUGAAUUGAUGACGAAGAAAUGGCUAUUGGGAUCAAACGCCGUAGACAUUAUCUGUGUCACCGUGGAAGACUAUUUCAACGACUUUGCCAAAAUUAAAAAGCUGUAUAAGAAGAGGAUGACGGCCGAGGCACACCGGCGUGUGGUGGUGGAGUACCUGCGGGCCGUCAUGCAGAAGCGCAUUUCCUUCCGGAGCCCCGAGGAGCGCAAGGAGGGUGCAGAGAAGAUGGUCAGAGAGGCGGAGCAGCUGCGCUUCCUGUUCCGGAAGCUGGCGUCCGGCUUUGGGGAAGACGUGGACGGGUACUGCGACACCAUCGUCGCCGUGGCCGAAGUGAUCAAGCUGACAGAUCCUUCUCUGCUCUACCUGGAAGUCUCCACUCUGGUCAGCAAGUAUCCAGACAUCAGGGACGACCACAUCGGUGCUCUGCUGGCUGUGCGUGGGGACACCAGCCGCGACAUGAAGCAGACCAUCAUGGAGACCCUGGAGCAGGGCCCAGCACAGGCCAGCCCGAGCUACAUGCCCCUCUUCAAGGACAUCGUGGUGCCCAGCCUGAAUGUGGCCAAGCUGCUCAAGUAGCCUCCACCGGCCUGGCUUGCACCUCCACAGUCCAGGUCCCGCCCUCAGAAACACAGUACAGCCUCACCCUGCACGCCUUCCACAGCCCUGGCCCCGUCCUCAGAAAUGCAGCAGCCUCCGCCAGCCUGGCCUUCACGCCUCUGCAACCCUGUCCCUGCCCUCAGAAUCGCAGUAAAGCUGAUUGCUCUCCUUGGCCACGCAUGCUGGUUUCAGCUGCAGGCCUGUCCUUAGGCGCCAGGUGAUGCACUGGGUACAUGUGGAGGGAGCCGCGUGCAGAGGCCCCUCGUUCUGCUGUAAAAGCCCUGGGUGCACAGCCUGUCUUGGGUGCUUGCUUAUUGCCGUUGAUGAAGGUGCGGGGGGCACAGGGGACAAUGUACCUCCAUGCCCUCCCUCCUCCCUGGACCUUCACCGCACCCCACCUGCUGUAAGUACUCGGAACUCUGUCAGCUAAUUAAAGUCUCUGCUUCCUCAGAGAAAUGAAAACGCCAUGCGCUCUCUUUCCAGUUAAGGUUUCCUGACUGCUGAUCCAGCAUUGCACAGGAACUGUGUCAAUUACAGAAGUAAAAGUCUUCCCUCAGCCUCCUUGCCCCCUUCUGACAUUCCAGACCCACUCCUUGGGUCCUUUGAGGGAUGAGACACUCGCCUGCUGUGCCCAGCAAGCCCUGUCCCCACCCCCAGGUGAGCAGACCCCUGGCACUGGGUGGUGCCGGCUGGGUCAGCCAUGCCUGGUAGGUGAGCAAUGGCCGGAGUGUAAAUUUUGGUAAAAGCAAAUAUAAAAGUAAAUAUUUCCUUGGAGU